GUAUGCACUCGCAGUAAACGAGGAGCACACUGAAUCACAAUUUUCUCGUCUGUUUGGGAUCACAAAAACAGUUACGCUGGAAUUUUCAGAGACCCACUCAGACAUGUCAUAUGUCUUCAUCAAUGACUCGUCACAGAUUAACGUGCCUUUACUGCAGGCAUGCAUCGACGGCGACUUGACUUUUGCCAAACGUCUUUUGGAGACCGGCUGUGACCCCAACAUCAGAGACAACCGGGGCCGCACCGGCCUGCACCUAGCGGCGGCCCGCGGCAACGUAGAGAUCUGCCGCUUCUUGCACAAGUUCGGCGCCGACCUUUUGGCCACCGAUUAUCAAGGCAACACAGCGCUGCACCUGUGUGGGCAUGUGGACACUAUCCAGUUCUUAGUGUCCAACGGUCUAAAGAUAGACAUAUGUAACCAUAAUGGUUCGACUCCGCUGGUGCUUGCUAAGAGGAGAGGGGUGAACAAAGAUGCUAUUCGGCUGCUGGAGGGUCUAGAGGAGCAGGAGGUGAAAGGCUUUAACAGGGGGACGCAUUCCAAACUGGAGACCAUGCAGAUGGCUGAGAGUGAGAGUGCCAUGGAAAGCCACUCGCUCCUCAACCCAAACCUGCAAAACAGCGAGGGCGUGCUGUCCAGCUUCCGCUCCACAUGGCAGGAGUUUGUGGAGGACUUGGGCUUCUGGAGGGUUCUCCUACUCCUAGUGGUCAUCGCUCUCCUCUCAUUGGGCAUCGCCUACUACGUGAGCGGAGUGUUGCCUUUCUCCGCCAGUCAGCUGGAGCUGGUGCACUGAGGAGUAGACAGAGAGAGAGAGAAAAUAAUAUCUCCAGUAAAGAAGGACAGAGCUGUUGGGCCCAAGGGCAAAAAAGAAGUGAGGUUUUGAGUGGAAAGAGUCGAAAAAGAGGGUGUCUCUUGAGAAUCGCUGCUUUUGAAGUUUCACGUGCACACAGUAUAAUGUCAAGCGAAGUUACGUACUUUACCCCUUUUACUUUUUACCAUGUUAGUACUCAGAUGGUCAACUUGAAGGAAUACAUGCACUAAUAUGAAUUCAGAUUAUCAGCCAUGUUCCCAAUGAUGUGACAUCGGGAUUAAGACCCAAUCUAUAUUGUUACUGUCGUUUUUGCCAGUUCCAUCUAAACUUGGAUUUAGUUUGGUCAGUUUUUGGUCAGACUUCUUCUAUGCAUUAUUUGCUUAUAGCAUGUUACACCUAGACCUGGCCUGCUAGUUCAGGUAGUUUCAUAUACCUGCUAUACACUUAUUGUUUUUCAUAAAAAAAGCCUAUAAGGGGGAUUCUGUUUACUUGAUCAGGGACUGAAUGAUAUAAGACAUCACAUCUGAUUCAGUGUUGAGAUUGUAAGGCAAGUAGGGAGGUAUUUGGGGGAUCUUUUUAUCCUGUAUAUCAGUAGCUUGGGCUUCAUAUCUACUUUAAAUACAAAUUGUAGGUUAUUUUCAUGGUUCUCUUUAAUUGUUGUCCUGUCUCAUCAUUAAAUUGUUAUAUUUAUGUGAUUUAUCUAGAUGUCCAAGUUUUGUGUGGAAAACUCAUUUCUGUGCUUGUUAAUUUUAUGUGUUCAAUGGGUCUUUUCCAUUACAUCGUUUGCAUCCAUAUCAACUUGCAGAAAAGAAAGAAAGCAGUGUUUAAUUUUUUUUGUGCAUUUUAGAAAUGUUUCUGACAAAAGGCACCUACCCAGACCCUUUAUAAAUGGGAUGGAACUCAGAUGUGAAUCUAUGAAGUAUUGUCAUGCAGCUGAUCAAGAUUUUAUGUUUUUUUUUUUGUUUUUUUUUUUAAACAUAUUCCACAAUCACCCACCUCACUAUAAUUUACAUUGCAAAGCAUUACAAAUGAUAGUUAAAUAUUUUGUGGUUUUUGUAAGCUAUGUUGAAUGUAUUAUUUUUUUCCAUUUUUGUUAACAGCUGUGUGUAGUUUAGUCACUUAUAAAUAUCAAAACUGAUUUUGUUUGUUCCCUGCCGUUUCGUUCUGUUGGCUCAUUUAAUCGUUUUCCAGAAACAGAUGUCCUUAGAUAAACAACUGCUACUGGGCAGACGUGUUCAGUUUGCUGAUUGGUUGAAUCAGUUUCAAGUAAUCAGCUAAACUGCAUUUGUGGUAAAACUCAUGUUAUUUUCUUUUCUUUAGAAUCCGUCUCAUUCAGAAUUUUAAAUAAAUAAAAGCAACCACCAGCUCUGCAUGGGGUUACAUACAAUUUUCAUAACGACAGUCAUAAUAUGUUGCUCCUAAAUCUUCACAGUGCUGCCCUUCCUUAUCUGCAAUGUGUUCAUACAUGUAUUUCCCAAUCAACACAU